CUUGCGCCUGUCACAACAAUACAUGCUGGCCAAAGCUUUCAGAAAAACUCUGGCUCUGGAUCUGCUGCCCCCAUUGAGCUGUGAGGAGUGGCUCUCUGCACACCACAACCCGGUUAACCCUCUGAAACGCGCUCCACUGGCUGACAAGCCGUGGCUUUUUCAGCAGGCCUUGCUCUUCCUGAGGGAAGGAGGCAGGCGGACUUCAGCCCAACAGGCUGAAGUGUUUCCUGCUCUGCAGAAACAACUCAUUCAAAGUCCAUACAAGCCCUCCUUGAGGCCGAUCUUCAAAAACGAUGACAGAUGCCCCGAUAAGAACCCUUAUCUGCUGAGUUGGCGCCCUGGACAUGACGGAAGCAGGAAAGUUGUGAUUGGAGCUGGUUUAUUCCUUAAAUUGGAAUCUUCUGCCACUGUCCACUCUAUUGUGAUAGAGGGUGGAGGGGUACUGGUGUUUGCUGACAACCCAGAAGACAGUAUCAUUCUGAGAACAAGGUACAUUCUCAUUAGGGAUGGUGGCGUGUUGCACAUUGGUUCAGAAAAGUGUCCCUACAAUGGUUCUGCCACUAUUUCCCUGUACGGGAUGUCUACAGAAGGCUUGACUGUUGAGAACUUCGGUGGGAAGUUCAUCGGAGUUGACAAGGGUGGAACACUGGAGAUGCAUGGGAAAAAACCUCUUUCAUGGACUUUAUUGGCAAGAACACUGCACCCAAUGGGUCUGCAACACGGCCCGUAUCAAUUUGAGAGGUACUGGGGAAGCAGGGGUAUAAAUGUCAGGGUGGUGGAUGAUGGAACGGGUCAAGUCUUGUCUUCCGAGCGCUUCGACACUCACAUGAUGGCGAACGAAAGCAGAAGACUGAAGGAGUUCCUCAGUAACCAGCCUGCGGGAGUGAUUCUGGCAAUGGCAGUAGGAGACUCUGCUGCCAAGAGCUUGUCCCUUGAGGCCAGGGAAUACAUCCUUGAAGUUUUGGGAAGUAAAUUCAUUAAGCACCUCGGGUACAGGCAGCCCUGGGCACUAGUAGGUACACUUCGAGGGGGGCCUUUCUCAACGACAGAGAACCGGAGGCCCUAUACAAUGAGUGGAACCACUGGUGCUGCUAUAGCUAGGAGAGAAUUUCAGACAUAUGAUGGGACUCGCUUCACAGUCACUGCCUAUAGUGAAUGGGUAAAAGGUUCACCUCACAUAGGGUUUAAAGUGGAAGCUCUGAAAGGUAUUGUUGUAGACUUGGUGGAUGAUGUCACAAGCUGGGUACCUGGGGACAGAAUAGUGAUUGCCAGUACAGAUUAUUCCAUGCACCAGGCAGAAGAGUUCAGUCUUCUUCCCUGUCCAGAGUGCAAAACCAACCAGGUGAAAAUUGAUGGGAAACCUCGUUAUCUUCACAUGGGAGAAAUCGUAGAUGGGAUUGAUAUGAGGGCAGAAGUUGGGCUCUUGAGCAGAAAUAUUAUUGUUAAAAGUGAAAUGGAAAGCUCCUGCUAUGGUGAAAAUCACUGUGAUAUUUUUAACUAUGAUACGUUUGGAGGACAUAUUAAGAUCCAGAAGGGCUUCAGGUCUUUUCACCUGUCAGGAGUGGAGCUCACCGCCAUGGGUCAGCAGAACCUGGGAAGCUAUCCUGUGCACUUCCACCUGGCUGGAGAUGUCGAUCAAAGAGGGGGUUACCAUCCCCCAACUUCCCUGGAGAACCUGUCGAUCCACCAUGGCUUCUCCCGAUGUGUGACUGUGCAUGCCACUCAUGGCUUGCUUGUAAAAGAUGUUGUCGCAUAUGACACCUUAGGCCACUGUUUCUUUCUUGAAGACGGCGUGGAAGAGAGAAACACGUUCUAUCAUAACCUGGGACUCCUGACAAAGCCAGGGACUAUCCUGCCUACCGACAGAGAUGAGCCCAUGUGCCUAAGGAUUCGCAAAAAUGUUUUUGGAAACUACAGGCCUGUGCCGAGCACCGACUGCAUGGCUGUCAGCACAUUUUGGAUUGCAAAUCCUAAUAAUAAUUUAAUUAACAAUGCAGCUGCGGGGGCACAGGAUGUUGGAAUCUGGUACAUUUUUCAUCGUGUUCCCACUGGACUAUCUGAAGGCUUAUACCCAGAGGGGAAGACAGAACUGACACCUUUGGGAAUAUUUUACAACAACAGAGUACACUCUAAUUUCAAAGCUGGACUCUUCAUUGGGAAAGGAGUGAAGACAUCCAAUGCCAGUGCUGCAAAUCCUAGAGAGUAUCUCACCAUUGAUAAUGCAAGGUACCGUCCUCACCAAGAUGCAGAUCCAGCAAAGCCAAGAGUCCCUGCUGUCAUUGACGGGCUGGUAGCCUUCAAAAAUAAUGACCAUGGAGCCUGGGCGCGAGGUGGGGACAUCACUUUCCAAAACUGUGGAUUUGCUGAUAAUGGCAUUGGCCUCACUCUUGCCAGUGAUGGAACUUUCCCAACUGAUGAGGGCUCCAGCCUGGAGGUGACCAAGUCUAUAUUUGUCGGCGAGAGCAGUAAUGUGGGCAGCCAUGGAGGCCAGAACAGCUACUGGGGUGAGGGAGCCAAUAGAGAAUACAGAACCCUCCCCAGGAACAAGACUUUUCCAAUUCGUGGAUUCCAGAUCUAUGAUGGCCCUGUCAGAUUGACCGAAUGCUCCUUCAAGAAGUUCACCCCAACCGCAGACAGGUAUUCCAGUGCCUUGGGAUUCUUCAUGAAGAACGCCUGGCAGGUCAGCCCUCAGAACAACGUGUCCUCUGUCAAGAUGGAAAGAAGUGUGGGCCUGAAUGUAUUCUUUGGCAAGCCAGGCCAGUGGUUUGGUGCUAAUGACCUAGACGGGGACAAAACCUCCAUCUUUCAUGACCUGGAUGGAUCAGUAACCGGAUACCCAGAUUCCUACAUUGCCAGAGUGGACAACUACCUCAUCCAUCACCCUGGCUGCCUCACUGUACCCAGGUGGAAUGGUGUUAUAUGCAGUGGACAGUAUGCACAGCUGUAUAUCCAAGCCCGGCGCCCCGAGAAUCUGACUCUCCUCAUUGCCAGGGAGACAUACUCCAGUCGUCCGCUGGCACUGCGGGGCGUGAACCGUGGUGCACCAUACCAACAGUACCAGCCUGUGGUGAUGCUGCAGCAGGCCUACGUCAUGCAGUGGAAGGGCGUGUCUCCUGAAGAGGUUAUUCUCUAUCCGAUCAACUUCGACAGGGGAAACUGGAUUCAAGUGGCCCUAUGUUAUCCUCAAGGCACAACGUUUAGGAUUGUAUCAGACAUAAACCAGCGCCAGAGUGGGAAAGUGCACAGUGUGGAGCACUACACCCCUGCCUCCUCAAUAGAAGCAGUUCUGGAGAAUCCCAGCAAGAGGCUUUUCUACUUUGACAGCCAGUCAGGCUUUCAAUUAAAAAGACAUAUAGCCACCACAGGGAAUAAAGAACAGAGCAGUUCAGUCAUGAGGGUGCACAAGCAAAGGAGGUACCUCUUCCUGCACUUGCAAGCCAGUCACCCACGCAAGGGCCACAGCUACUGCUCCAAGCUUGGCUGCGAGAGAGUCAAGAUUCUGGCACGCUCCGUUUCCACAACUCCCCAGGCCUGCCCGCCCAAUCCCUUCCCGGUGAAGAGCCGCGGGAUCCCUGCCAAGCGCCUCUGGGUUUCUCAGCGAGUGGGGACACCCUGCAGCCUGUGCGGCGCCCAGCAGGUUGCCAUCUCCAGUGAGCCUUUCAGAGAAUAUGUGAGGGUGCAGGUUCUCUCACUCAGCAGAGCCAAUAUAGUAAAUGGGCUAAAGUCUGCUUUCAUUAAGGUGAAUGAUGAAGUCUUCCUAUUUAGAAAGCAAGGAUUGCUUUUUGUGGUGGUGGAUGCAUGCACUGGAGAAAUUAAAAGCAGGCGCCACUUUGAAAUUCUGACUGUAUCUCAAGCUUCCAGUGCUAUUAACUCUUACAUCAUCUCUGCUGUCAAAGACAGGUCAAUAGUUCUGGUGUGCUCCAGAGAUAUCAAGGAUCUGCCCAGAGACUCUGGGAUUCCUGCCUUUAUCAAGCUAGGCUCUUCAAAGCCUAUCGGCCUCUUCAGGAAAGGAAGCUUUGCUUUGUUGGGCUAUAGAGGCCAAUCUAAACCAUCUUGGAUUAAAAUAGUAAAUCGAUCAAAUGGAAAAGAAGCUGCCUCCAUUCAGCACUAUGUUCCUCUCAGGCUGAAGGAGUACAAGUGCCCUGGCCAGGGCAGAGAGUACCGGAAAGAUGAAAAACUCCUGAAAGGAUUACUGCAGCAAUGCCUCACCGGGGCACCCCUGUGUGGAUAAUGGCAUUCCAUCUUUUCUUUUCGUCACUUAUAUCAUUACAACUGUAUGUAUUGAAAAAAAAAUAAAUAUAUUCUUUCUA